AUGGAUACUUCCGAGUUUAUUUAUGGCAUGAGUGGCCAAAAACGCAAGCUUGUUCCCCUAUUACCCAAUACUCUAAUGAAAAGGACAAAGCUAGAAGUCGAAGAUGAAGCGGCUAGCGCCUCAGGCGGAUCCAUGGAGUCGUCGGCGAAAUCGCCGAGAUCUUCCAGAUCUAGGGCUAAACCAGUCUACAAUACAUUACAGCCUCUUGUCACUACAAAGGUCAUUAACAAAAAUCCCCCAGACAACUCAGACCAACCCAAGCCAAGACAUUUAAAAUCAUGUGCUAGAUGCAGAAAGCACAAAACCAAGUGCAACUAUGUGAAUACCGGUCCAAAUCCCUGCUCUUCCUGCGCCAAACGCGGUGUCACGUGCCAGCUGGAAAUAGUAAUUCCUGUGAAAAGAUCCAACAUUAUCAAGAAACUUUCCGACGAUGUCGAUCUAUUGAAGCGACUGGUGGAUGAAUUACUUACCAAGAACAAUUAUAUCACACAUCUUUGCAAGCAGAAACGUCUGGGGGUAAUUGGCCUUGCUGAGAUUAGAGACGGUGUUCCAGGUGAAACAGACUCUUCAAAUGACACUGACCUCUCAACAGAUGUUAUUACACCACCAGACUGGCUGGAUUUCCCUGGCCCAUCUACUAAUGAUUUUGAUGAAAUGCAGAUGGAACGUAUAAGAAGUUUCGAAAGUACCAGCACCUACAUUAGUGUAACUACUGCUUGUACUACCCCUUCAAGUGAGCACUCUGAAGAUGGCGGAAAGAAUUAUCCACCUAUCUUUAAAUUAUCGGAUUUGUGUUCCUACACAGAGGAAGAAAUAAGCUGUUAUUUCCAAGAAUUCAAUCAAAAGUUCCUUCCCUACGUCCCGAUAAUGAGUCCUCUCGAGCAUCCGACAGCAGUUUUUAAUAGCAGUGAACUUAUCUUUUGGACCGUAGUCUAUGUCACCUCUGCUAAUGCCGAGAUUGAGGCACAGUUCAUUAGAAAAGAGCUCACAAAACGUUGUUGGGCAGAGACUCCUAGAGAUAUCUCCAUUAUUCAAUCGAUUAUUAUUAUGGCUGCUUUCCCUAUCAAGACGGUGGAAGAAAUUAAUAUCCAGAACGAUUUGAACACUUCAAUAUUUCUGCAGCUUGAGUUUGCCAAGGAUCUUUCGUCCCAGAUUGGUUUAGGUAGAUCCACCCAAUUUUCAGGAGAGUUCUCUCGCCUCAUGCAGGACAAAUCGCUUCAGGACGAGUACAGAUACAAUAUUUGGUGCCUGUUAUUUAUUUUGGGACAUCUGUACGGCUUUAGAUUGGGACUCAAAUGGAAUUUCAAUAUUGAUUAUAUUUUGGAAUUCAGGAGAUCGCUUCCUACUUACGUUGGUAGACUGUUGAACAUAGUAAUUCUUCAGACAACUGUUCUUGAUACAUUGAUCUAUGAUCUUGAUAGCUCUUCUCACCUUUCUAAAAAUCCUCAGCUUCUCAAGAACACACUCUCUCUUUGGAUGUCACAAUUACAGAAAUUCAAAGAUGUAGAGACCGAAAAUAAUGUAUUGGUAUUGAUAUCUCUCUUAGCUGUAAUUUUUGAGCUAUUCGAGCCAUCUUUUGACGAUACGCAGAGGUCACAAGAUAUUAACAUUAGGACUAUGCAGCUAUGUGAGGAAUCUUUCCAACAUAUCUCUGAACUGGAUGUCCAAAAGUCCCCAAUGUUCGUGAAAUUGACUUUGGAGUUUAUCAGUUUGGUCGCUUUAAAAAUGGCGAUAUCGCCAUUUAAUGGAGGCAGUCCAAAUUCAGAGUUGUUUGUGCAGAUUUUUAGGAAACUCACUACAUUAUGCGACUUUAACGAUACAAAGCCAAUAUUGAAUGUAGAAAUGGAAACCGAGACCAGCUUCAACCUCAAUAACAGUGCUGUGGAGUUGGGCGAUUUAUCUCUUUUCAAGACCCAGCUCAUGCAGGGUCUUUUUCUCGAUCUCAAGCAUUCUACGCAAUCGUCUAAAACUAACAUUGGUGACUUUCAAUCGUUGGAGAAAUAUUUUGUUGACCACAAUCUAAGACUUGAUGACUACAGGGAAAGUCUUACAAAGUUCAAGGAACAAGUAGAUAUGACCAGUAUUUAUUCCAGUGCACUUAUUAGAAUGGAAAUAUGGGGAAACGUAAAACUCGGCUCACCUUCCAUCAAUAACACUUCCCUAUCCCCAAUUCCGAGUAUCCCAAACUUGUACAACUUGUCGAUGGAUGGACUGGGAAAUAUCAGUGGAACAGAACUGGAAGCCGCUUUAAGUCCAGACAAAACGUCCGAUACAAAAUUUGCUUCCAUUUUGGAUAGCAUGGAAAUGGUUUAA